AUGACUAGUUUUGUCACAUUUGCUCGGCAUGUUUGGAAACUUUUCGCGACUGAAAGGAAGCCAGGCUGGAAGAAUCUCAUGCAUCUGUUUGCGAUCUGCAGUGCUGUUAGUUUAGUAUCUAACAUGUUCCUGCUCCUAGCUGGGUAUUCCUUUCUGGCGGACUAUCCCCUCUUUUCCUUGGUCACAUCCACAGUCCUCUGGAUUAUCCUUUCUGUUGGUUUGUGUUCUUCUAGGCACCUCCGCUGCUCUGCUGCUCUCUUCUUCCUUUCCUGUGGGCUGCGUGAAGGAAGGAACGCCUUGAUUGCAGCCGGAACCGGUGUAGCGGUCGCUGGGAACCUCCAAAGUAUUUUCUACAAUUUAAAGCAGUUAGCAGAUAGUGUGACGUGUAUUCUGGAAUCCCAACGUUUCCCCUUCCUCAACCACUAUGUUGCAGCAAUUUGGUGGAUUUACCGUCAGUUCAAGCUUUUGGAGAACCCAUUUAAAGACAUUGUGUCGGUAGAUGGGGAGUUGAGCGUGUUUUACUCCGUUUCAGAUGAGAGCUUGAAACUGAAGCUGGAGCAUACAAGAUGGCGCAUCCAGAAUUUCACCAGCCAGAUUUCUUCUGUUCUUGCCCUGCAGCCAUACAUGGGCAAAAAAGUCCUUCCUCUUCUGGGGAUUGUCUUCAUGGUUCUUGGGACGUACCUCUUUGUCCGAAAAUUCUUGAACCCCCUCAAUGUUAAAUUUAAGAAUACUUAUAUCACAAAAGAUUUUGUUCGAUACAAUGAACAGCAGUGGCAGCAACGAAAGCUCUCUGUCUUGCCCCUCAGUAAAGAAGAAAGGAAGGUCUAUACAACCAUCCCGUCUUUUUGUCAAACGCCCCGGGAAAGGAAACGCACGUUACGCUUUUUUCUCCCUGUGCUUGCUAACCUUUGCAUUUGGCUUCUUUUUGCAGCAGUGGAUUAUUUGCUUUACUGGCUGAUUUUUUCAGUGAGCAAGCAUCUGCAAGAUUUCCCUGAGCUAGAGGUCCAUUUGAAAUUGUAUUACCAUAAAAAUGCUGAUAAAUUUAUCUUCAACAGCGGGGAGAUCAUUAACAAUACAACUUCCUUUAAGAUUCCUCUCUUCGAGCACGCCUGUAUUCCCAAACCAAAAUUUGCCCUCGCUGACACAUGGAUCCAGUUAGCUGUCAUCGUCUUCUUUUUAGCCGUGCUUGGGCUGUUGGCCUCUGCCUUUACACAGCUUAAAAUACUUGUGACAACGUCAUUCUUUCCUCGCACAGGCAUGAAACGGAUAGAGUAUCUGCAUGCAAAGUUAUUAAACAGAAGAUCAAAACUUGCUGAGCAAAACACAAAAAGGAAACUGAAUUCAUUUGCAAUGCUACACUUCUGGUUCCCCAUCCUCCAGGCUAUGAGAAAUGUCCAGAAGGAAGCCUCAGAGCUGACCAAAGACAGCUGUGUUUAACAACAUAAGGAAAAUCUUUACAGAAAUUCAUGGUUGUAUGUUUGGGGAUCCACC